AUGCUGCCUCGCCAUCUUCGACGUGUUGUUCUGACCUCUGCGGCACCCGCUCAAAUCCGAGCACUACUCUACAGCCGAAAUGCUCUAAGACCGACUUCGUUCCGCAUUCGCCCUGCUGUCUCCUCAUCCGCUUCCUUUCACUCCUCGUCGCGUCGCCAAAAUGAGCAGCCAAGGUCCCCCUUCAAGAUCUUUGUCGAGGUUCUUCAGGAAGAGCUGAGGAAAAACCGGGAAUGGGCCGACAGCAAGAAGCAGUUGACCGGUGAUGUCACUCAGCUGAAGGAUUCCGUGAAAGACUCAGAAACCAUGAAGAAGGCGCGGGCAGCCUACGAGCGCGCUUUGUUGGCAGCCAGCAUCAGGGACAACCCGCGGCUACGAGCGGCGGCGGAGGAACUGCGCAAGACGGGGGUCAAGGUCGGUGAUGCCGUGUCUGAGGCGCUGAGGACAAUGGAGGAAAGCGACCUGAUGCGUGCGAUCUCUCGCGCGUCUGCAGCUGUGUCAUCCAAAAUCGCCUCGACCACAGAGCCAAUACGCAAUACUGCCGCGUAUAAAACAUUGUCUGAGACGGUGGUUGAUGCUCUGGACGAUAGCGGGAGCGCGAAGCAUGCUGGCUAUGAAGAAAAAGAGCUUCGGCGGAAACGGCGGCAGAUGCGUCUGGCAAAGGCAGGGAGGAACAGCAUGACCCAUGUUGUCAAGGCCGAUCCCGAAGCUGGCUCUGCGAUAGUGCUGCACAAGGACUCGCCGCGGCGAGAAGCAUGGGAGAAGCUGAAGGAGACGAACCCGGUUUUGCGGUCACUAGCGUCGUUGAAACUGACCUACGAGGAGUCGGAGAAUCCGGUCAUUGUUGGAAUGCGCACUGUUACGGACACAAUUGGCGGCUGGUUCGAGGAGACGGAGCAGGCGCGGGUGCAGCGGUGCAUAAAGAUGAUGGAUCCAACGUUCACCUUGGAGAGCUUUGAACGUGAGCUGCGGGCGUAUAUCAUACCGGAGAUCGUGGACGCGUUCCUGAGCGCAGACCAGGAGGCGCUGAAGGCGUGGUGUUCAGAAGCGACAUACAACGUUCUGUGGGCAACUAUGGAAGUAUACCUUCGCCAGGGGUUAGUCAGCGACAGCAAAAUCCUCGACAUCCGAUCAGUGGAGAUCGCAAAAGGGGAAAUGCUUGAGGAGAAUAUUCCCGCGUUCGUCGUGACGUUUGCGACGCAAGAGUUGAUGCUGUUUCGGAAUGCAAAAACGGGCGAGAUUGUCGUCGGUGCGGAGGAUAGGGUGGAACAAUGUCACUAUUUUGCAGUGAUCACGCGGGUAGAGGAGGAGCUUGACAACGAGCUCACAGGCGGCUGGAAAUUUGUCACGAUGGGCCGACGAUCCGCACGUGCAUACCUAUAA